AUGGAGCACCAUCAGCAUGGAGAGCCCAUUGAACCCGAUUCACAGUCCGACGAGGGCUAUGAUACUGCCACUAUCGGGUCAGAUAUGACUUCUCUCAAGUCAUCCGUCAUGAAUUACCAGUUUGAGAAUGGCCGACGAUAUCAUGGCUACCAGGCCGGAAAAUAUAUGCUGCCCAACGAUGACAAGGAGCAAGAAAGGCUAGAUGUCCUUCAUCAUGUGUUUCGUCUAACACUAGGCGGUGACUUGUGCCUCAGCCAGCCCAGUCUCAAAGAUCCGGAAAAGAUACUUGACAUUGGAACUGGCACAGGCAUCUGGGCCAUUGAUAUGGGCGAUGAAUAUCCUGCUGCGGAGAUCAUAGGCACAGACCUCUCGCCGAUUCAAUCAACCUGGGUGCCGCCCAAUGUCCGCUUCGAAAUAGAUGAUGCCACCCAUGAAUGGGCCUUCCCACACGAGUCGUUUGAUUUCAUUCACAUCCGUUGCCUGGCCGGUAGUAUCAAGGACUGGCCAGAGCUUUUGCGGCAAGCGUACAUGCAUUUGAAACCAGGUGGACUGAUAGAGUUAUCAGAAGGACGACCCCAUAUGUGUUGUGAUGAUGGAACGUACUCCGAAGAGAGCGCAACUUACAGAUGGGUGGCCGAAUUCUAUCGAAUCUCGCGAGGUGCUGGCCUCGAGUUCGAUGCUUUUCCUCAAUACGCCGAUUUUCUGAAAGAGGCGGGUUUCGUCAACGUCAAGACUCACGAGGAACCAGUUCCGAUCGGAACGUGGCCGAAGAACAAGCGAUUGAAAGAAAUCGGGAUGUUCUUCGAGCAUCAGUUCCUGGAAGGCGCCGUCGAUGGCUACUCGCUGGCGCUGUUCACCCGCCUCGGGGGUUGGAGUGAGAUAGAGACACAGAUGUUGUUGGCACAAGUGCGAACAGAGACAAAAAGUAGGAAGAUGCAUCUAUAUACGCAUUGUUCAUACGCCACGGCACAGAGACCAUUAACUUCUUGA